GCCCCCCAACCAGCCGCCAGCGGAGAGAGGGAGGGAGGGAAGGAGAGAGCUUAGCAGAGGAGUAGAAGUCUUGUAGGAUCUCUCAUCGGUUAUAAGGAAGUGUAGUUUCUUAUAGGGCUGAAAUUGAAACAACUUCAGCUGUUUGCUUUUAGGAUGUCUCGCCGCAAGCAAGCUAAACCAAGAUCACUCAAAGUAGAAGAAAAUGAAACGGAGGACCAGCAGGCAGGUGUGGGACAGAUAGCCGCACAGACUGAUGCUAACUGUAAACUAGAAGACAAGGCAGAAGAUGGAGAGGUGAUAGAUUGUAAGAAAAGGCCAGAAGAAGGGGAGGAGUUAGAGGAAGAAGCUGUGCACAGCUGUGACAGUUGCCUCCAGGUGUUUGAAUCACUGAGUGAUAUCACAGAACACAAGAUUAAUCAAUGUCAACUGACAGAUGGUGUGGAUAUUGAGGAUGACCCCACUUGCUCAUGGCCAGCUUCAUCGCCUUCCAGCAAAGACCAGACUUCACCAAGCCAUGGAGAAGGUUGUGAUUUUGGUGAGGAAGAGGGUGGCCCAGGAUUGCCUUAUCCAUGCCAGUUCUGUGACAAGUCGUUCAGUCGGCUCAGCUACUUAAAGCAUCACGAGCAAAGUCACAGCGACAAGCUCCCUUUCAAAUGCACAUAUUGUAGUCGCCUCUUUAAACAUAAGCGGAGCAGAGAUCGCCAUAUAAAACUUCACACGGGAGACAAGAAGUAUCACUGCAGUGAAUGUGAUGCAGCAUUUUCAAGGAGUGAUCACCUUAAAAUUCACUUAAAGACUCAUACAUCCAACAAGCCAUAUAAAUGUGCCAUUUGUAGACGUGGAUUCCUUUCGUCUAGUUCACUGCAUGGUCACAUGCAGGUUCAUGAGAGAAACAAGGAUGGUUCUCAGUCUGCCUCCAGGAUGGAGGAGUGGAAAAUGAAAGACACUCAGAAAUGCAGUCAGUGUGAAGAAGGCUUUGAUUUCCCUGAAGAUCUUCAGAAACACAUAGCAGAAUGCCACCCUGAGUGUUCCCCUAAUGAAGACAGGGCUGCUCUUCAAUGUGUUUAUUGCCAUGAACUCUUUGUAGAGGAAAGUUCUCUUGUAAAUCACAUGGAGCAGGCUCAUAAUGGUGAAAAGAAGAAUUCAUGCAGCAUUUGCUCAGAGAACUUCCAUACCGUGGAAGAACUGUACAGCCACAUGGAUAGUCACCAGCAACCCGAAUCAUGCAAUCAUAGCAACAGCCCUUCUUUGGUAACUGUUGGCUACACCUCAGUAUCCAGCACCACUCCAGAUUCAAACCUCUCGGUGGACAGUUCAACAAUGGUAGAAACAGCUCCGCCAAUAACAAAGGGUCGUGGAAGAAAGCGGGCAGCCCAACAAGUACCAGAUAUCACUGGUCCUUCAAAUAAGCAAGCAAAAGUUACCUAUAGCUGCAUUUAUUGCAACAAACAGUUAUUUUCAAGCCUUGCAGUUCUGCAGAUACACCUGAAAACUAUGCAUUUAGAUAAACCUGAACAAGCGCAUAUCUGUCAGUAUUGUUUGGAGGUGUUACCUUCACUUUAUAAUCUGAAUGAACAUCUUAAGCAAGUCCAUGAAGCUCCAGACCCAGCACUGAUUGUUUCUACCAUGCCUGCCAUGGUCUACCAGUGCAACUUCUGCUCUGAAGUAUUUAAUGACCUCAACACUCUUCAGGAACAUAUCCGAUGUUCUCAUGGGUUUGCAAACCCUGCUGCUAAAGACAGUAAUGCAUUCUUUUGUCCCCAUUGCUACAUGGGAUUUCUUACUGAUUCUUCUUUGGAAGAGCAUAUUAGACAAGUCCAUUGUGAUCUUAGCAGUUCCCGUUUUGGUUCCCCUGUACUUGGAACCCCAAAAGAUCCAGUUGUAGAAGUAUAUUCCUGUUCCUACUGUACUAAUUCUCCAAUAUUUAACAGUGUCCUUAAAUUGAACAAGCAUAUCAAGGAGAACCAUAAGAACAUUCCUUUGGCAUUGAAUUACAUCCACAAUGGAAAGAAAUCUAGAGCCUUGAGCCCCUUAUCUCCUGUAACUAUAGAGCAAACUUCUUUAAAGAUGAUGCAAGCUGUAGGUGGCGCUCCUCCACGUCCUGCAGGUGAAUAUGUCUGUAAUCAAUGUGGUGCUAAGUAUACAUCUCUCGAUGGUUUUCAGACUCACUUAAAAACCCACCUUGACACUGUCCUGCCAAAACUGACCUGCCCUCAGUGCAACAAGGAGUUUCCAAACCAAGAGUCACUGCUGAAGCAUGUUACAAUUCAUUUCAUGAUAACCUCUACAUACUAUAUCUGUGAAAGCUGUGACAAGCAGUUCACUUCAGUGGAUGACUUGCAAAAACACCUGCUUGACAUGCAUACAUUUGUAUUCUUCCGCUGCACCUUGUGUCAAGAGGUUUUUGACUCCAAAGUCUCCAUUCAACUACACCUGGCUGUGAAGCACAGCAAUGAAAAGAAGGUAUACAGGUGCACAUCUUGUAACUGGGACUUCCGUAAUGAAACUGACCUACAGCUUCAUGUUAAACACAAUCACCUGGAGAACCAGGGGAAAGUGCACAAGUGCAUUUUCUGUGGCGAGUCGUUCGGUACAGAGGUGGAGCUUCAGUGCCACAUUACUACACAUAGCAAAAAAUACAACUGCAAAUUCUGCAGCAAAGCUUUUCAUGCUAUUAUAUUGCUAGAGAAACACUUGAGGGAAAAACAUUGUGUUUUUGAAACUAAAACUCCAAACUGUGGCACAAAUGGCGCAUCGGAGCAAGUUCAGAAAGAAGAAGUGGAGCUUCAGACCUUGUUGACAAAUAGCCAGGAGUCACAUAAUAGCCAUGAUGGCAGUGAAGAAGACGUUGAUACAUCUGAGCCCAUGUACGGUUGUGACAUUUGUGGAGCAGCAUAUACAAUGGAAACACUCCUGCAGAAUCAUCAGCUUCGAGACCACAACAUCCGACCUGGAGAAAGUGCUAUAGUUAAGAAGAAGGCAGAGCUGAUUAAAGGGAAUUACAAGUGUAAUGUGUGUUCUCGAACAUUCUUCUCUGAAAAUGGGCUCCGUGAACAUAUGCAGACACACUUGGGACCAGUGAAACAUUAUAUGUGCCCAAUUUGUGGUGAGCGGUUUCCAUCUCUUCUGACUCUUACUGAACAUAAAGUCACGCAUAGUAAGAGCCUGGACACUGGAAACUGCAGAAUUUGCAAAAUGCCUCUACAGAGUGAGGAGGAUUUUUUAGAGCAUUGCCAAAUGCACCCUGAUUUGAGAAAUUCCUUAACAGGAUUCCGCUGUGUGGUAUGCAUGCAAACAGUGACCUCUACCUUGGAACUGAAAAUCCAUGGGACAUUUCACAUGCAAAAAACAGGAAAUGGCUCUGCAGUGCAGUCCACAGGGCGUGCACAGCAUCUUCAGAAACUGUACAAAUGUGCUUCUUGCCUGAAGGAAUUCCGCUCAAAACAGGAUUUAGUGAAACUUGACAUCAAUGGUCUGCCAUAUGGUCUGUGCGCUGUCUGUGUUAAUCUCAGUAAAAGUGGUAGUCCAAGUGUCAACAUCCCUUCAAGCAGUAACAGACAAGGCUUGGGUCAAAAUGAGAACUUGAGUUCCAUUGAGAACAAAAACAAGGCAGGGGGACUGAAGACUCGCUGUUCUAGUUGCAAUGUUAAAUUUGAAUCCGAAAGUGAACUCCAGAAUCAUAUCCAGUCAAUCCACAGAGAGCUUGUUCCAGACAGCAACAGUACACAGCUGAAAACACCACAAGUAUCUCCAAUGCCCAGAAUCAGCCCUUCUCAAUCUGAUGAGAAGACCUACCAGUGCAUCAAGUGUCAGAUGGUUUUCUACAAUGAAUGGGAUAUCCAAGUUCAUGUUGCAAACCACAUGAUUGUACUCGAAGGUAGAUAUACCUGUACUUCCACCAGUUCCAGAAGUCCCAGACGGGUGGGCAUUACUAACGAAGGAUUGAACCAUGAAUGUAAACUCUGCAAUCAAACAUUUGACUCGCCUGCCAAACUUCAGUGCCACCUGAUAGAACACAGCUUUGAAGGAAUGGGGGGCACCUUCAAAUGUCCAGUCUGCUUUACAGUGUUUGUUCAAGCAAACAAAUUGCAGCAGCAUAUUUUCUCAGCCCAUGGACAAGAAGACAAGAUCUACGACUGCACGCAGUGUCCGCAGAAGUUCUUCUUCCAAACAGAGCUGCAGAAUCAUACGAUGACCCAACAUAGCAGUUAGUGCAAUGCCCAUCCCUUCAGGAGACUCCUUUGUGGCACAAAAAGGGAACACGUUUUACUCUUUGCACGAAACUUUCAUUGUUAAUGUAUAUUAUUCAGAAACAUUGUAUUGUACCAUACAACUUGUAUUAUCGAAACUGUUGGAUGUUCAUGUGUUUGAACUUUUGAGCACCGGAUAGACUUCCUGUAUAUAAAGUGUUGCACAUGUAUUAUGUUGUCUGAUACUAAAAUGGUCUUAUAAAGACAAGUGGACUUGGGCCCUAUUCAAGAAAGAUUAAAAUAAUAAUGUGUGAGGAAAAAGGCUUAAGAAAAUGUCAUUUUCAAGAAAGAGGGAGAAAAAAUAGCUAUGUUAUACUACAGCUGUUUGGCCUUCCUUUCAUGUAAACUUAAGUCUAGAAUCUCUCUCUUUUGGUAUACAAACAGAUGAAUCCGAGACUAUUUUUUAUUGCUGAAGAUUCUUGCAAAAAACAUGAAAAGACUCUUUCUCACAGAGCAGGAACCCACCGUUGAAUAAGGCCCGUAUAUAUAUUUGUAAGCCUUGCGAUAUGACAGAUAGCAUUACCAUAUAUGCAAUAGUUGUUAUGUAGAUUGUCAAAGAAACUUUUUUUUCCUGAAUACCAUUUGAAGCUUUGAGUGUUCAAGACUUUCCUUAAUGAUUUCACACAGCCAAAUUCUUGACUCAGUUGAACUAACCUGUAUGUUACUGUUAUUAAUGUUUACUCUGCGGUCUGAACCUGGAGAUUACUGGAAUUGUUUUCCAAGAGGAAAUAAAUUCAGUUUACCAUUA